AUGGAUUUCCAAGUGGUUGUUCUCGGCGGUGGCGUCUCCAAGAAGCUUCUCCCCCUCGUUUCCCAGGAGCUUCCGAACGCGUUGCUUCCGGUGGCGAAUCGUCCCGUUCUCUCUUACGUUCUCGAGUACUUGGAGCUUAGCAACCUCAAAGAUCUCAUUGUGGUGGUUGAAGGCGAAGAAGCGGCUCUUCAUGUGGGGGCUUGGAUUUCAGGGGCUUAUGCUGAUCGCCUCCAUGUUGAGGUUGCUGCAGUUCCUGAGGAUGUGGGGACAGCGGGUGCAAUUCGAGCUAUUUCGCAUCACUUAACUGCCCAAGACAUUUUGGUUGUCAGUGGUGAUCUUGUUACAGAUGUGCCACUUGGUGCUGUUGCAGCUACUCAUAGACGACAUGAUGCAGUUGUCACUGCUAUGCUUUGCUCUGCUCCUGUAAGUGGACCUUCGGAGUCCGCAUCCUCUGGGGGAAAAGACAAAACCAAGAAACCUGGCCGUUAUGAUUUGAUAGGGCUGGAUCCCACAAAACAGUUUUUAGUUCACAUAGCAACUGGAGCAGAAGUUGAAAAAGAUCUUCGAAUUCAGAAGAGCAUACUCCCUGCAGUCGGCCAGAUAGAAAUAAGAGUUGAUCUAAUGGAUGCCCACUUGUAUGCAUUCAAAAGAUCAGUUUUACAAGAAGUUCUGGAUCAGAAAAGUGCAUUUCAUAGCUUAAAGCAUGACGUAUUGCCAUAUCUAGUCCGGAGCCAACUGAAAUCAGAAGUAUUAUUUAAUGGUAUGCCACAAGCAGAAGAAAACGGAACUCAAAAGGUUAUAUCUCAAAGCAAUCAACAAAUGCUAUCUCAAAUACUUGCUAAUGCAUCUGAACCAACCUUUCAUCUACGACAUGCACUGGGUCCUUAUGGUUUUACUUCUGAUCGAAGAACCCACAAAUGCUGUGUGUAUAUUGCUGGAAGUAGCAAGUACUGUGCUCGCUUAAAUUCUAUACAAGCAUACAACGACAUAAAUCGAGAUGUAAUAGGAGAGUCUAGUCAUUUAUCCGGGUAUUCUUUCUCUACUCAAAACAAUAUUAUUCAUCCUUCUGCAGAGCUUGGGACAAAAACAACUAUUGGACCACAUUGUAUGCUGGGGGAAGGUUCGCAGAUGGGUGACAAAUGCAGUGUGAAACGGUCUGUCAUUGGCCGUCAUUGUCGGAUAGGUGCCAAUGUUAAGGUUGUUAAUUCAGUAGUUAUGAAUCAUGUUACUAUUGGAGACUGUUGUUCAAUCCAAGGUUCUGUUAUCUGUAGCAAUGUACAGCUCCAGGAACGUGCAAUAGUAAAAGAUUGCCAAGUUGGAGCCGGUUUUGUGGUCACUGCUGGUAGUGAGUGCAAGGGGGAGGUAUUGGCUAAGAAGUGA